AUGUGCGACGUCGUUGCCGGAGCGGCCGAGGACGAAGAGCGCUACUUCGACGGGGCCAGGGUCUUCGACCGCAUGAGCCGCUCCCAGCAGCUGGCUUCACUAGAAGUGGUCGCCCGUUACCUCUUCCAUGAAACGGCCGAGUGCCUGCCACUCACGGCUUGGUCGGAGGCGACGCUCGCGAGCGUGCUCCAUGAGAUCCGGACUUUUGUCCAUCUCGAAAUUGACGAAGGAACAAGUGGCGAAUACCGCCGGAUCAUCCUCGACAUCCUCAACGCCCGCGACGACAUCAAGGACAUCAACGACCUUGAUGAAUGGAACCGCCUGCUCGACGCUUAUGAGGACCGAUUCCUCUGGGACCUGGAUUACGAGGACGACGAGGUCACGGACCUGCCGCCUGAGCACUCGCGGCAGACCCGGCUCAUGAUGGGCAUCGUGGACGACUACUAUUCUUCGAUUCCGCCUGACCUCGGCGCCAACGACUCGCUUCAACGCGCGUCAAAGCGGGUGUGGAUGGUCAUCGACGGUAAGAAGACGUUCCGACUGACCGCUUCGCUGACGUGCGAACUGCCGGGGUCUUUGAGCGUUGAGUCGAUCGACGAAGACCUUUCGGCACUGCUCCGCGUCUGCCCUCUCCUGUCGCUGGUGAGGGUCGAUUCGACGGGAAGUCUCGUGGAAGUAUCGGACGAACUGCAUGAAUUCUUCUUCGAUGGCGGGUUGCUGGAGUCCGUGAUUGAAGAGGUGCAAUCGCCCUGGCUUUCGAGAACCGGCAUCGGUAACCACGGUCGGUACGGCGCCGCCUUCAUUCGCCGGGCCAGUCGCUUGGCGAUCUUUCUUGCGGCGGCGAGUCGCGUCGCGAACUUGCGUUCGGUGAGGGAGGUCCGACGGCUCCAACCUCAGAUACCGUCUCCAGAAGAUUCUGCUAGGAUCCGACUGAGCGUGGGGGCGGAGCUCUCCGGCCAGACCGUCGCCUGCCCCAGCUGCCGGGGCGCUAUCCGGCUGCCGGAGACCGGUCCUGAUACCGAAGACGAAGCCGACCUCGGCUCCAAUCGGUUGGUGUGGGCAGUCGUGUGGUUCACGGGGCACGUGCUGCUCUUCUUGUUAUUAGCGGUGACGACGGGGCCGGGGGCGGGGUUGUUCUUAGUGUCGGUCGCCGUUGCAACCGAAGCGGGCGUCUGGAAACGCCGGGCGUUGGCCGAGUGGUUGGCUCGCAUCCGUCAAAGCGACGCGACACAGACGGUCAUGUCGCACACCAAAGAUCGGAUCGCGUCGCUGACCAGAACCUACGAGACGCCGCCUUACGACCCCAGAGGCGCCGUCUCCCAACGGGACGUCCAGACCGAUGAGCUAGCUAGUGGCUACGACGACCAACUCGUCGAGGUUCGGCCCGCGCGGAACCCGACGCCACGCUGGUCUCAGGCGAGCAGUCCGUCUACCAGUGAGCGAGAAGGCAAAUCGCUCAAGUCGAGCGCCCCAAGAGACAAGAUCGCCUUCUUCGGUCCGGGGCGCCGCCUCGAUCUGGGGCGCGGAGUGCUAGAGGGCCCUCUCGUCUACGCAACGGCAUACGCCAACAGCGGUCGCUUUGACGCAUCGCUUAUCGACGCCACGCUACGCGUCGCCUCGGCGGGGGCCACCCCACGGCACGAGCUCCCUUACUGGCCAAGUUUUUACGAGAGUUCGCCCGCUCAGCGCGCCCAUUACCUGGACUGGCUCCUCGCCGGUCGUCGUGACCCGAAGGUCGAACUCGGCUACGUCUUCAUCUAUUUCUACGGGCUGGAGCGUCGAGUUCUGGUGGAUCGGGCGGACUUCCUGCCGAUCGCUACGGAGCUUCUGGCGCUCCUGAAGGUCUAUUCUUACUCCAAUUCUUUCCGCCGUUACGCCAGCAUGCUGCUAUGGCGCACGGUGCACCUUGCCUCCCUCGCGAACGAGUUGACAGACACACUGUUCGACCAAGCAGUCGAGGCGACCGAGCGUUGGAACGACGACUUACUUUCCCUGGCGCUUGCCGCGCUCGUUCACGGGAACCGGCCGCUGUCGGCCUCUCUGGCGAUGGCGGUCUGUCAAAACGACCCCCGUUCGACUUCGAGCGUUGUCGUGAGACGCCACAAGGAAGAGUUCACGCGUCUCUUCCUGAGCAAGUACGAAGCGGUUCCGGCAAUUGGCCAAGCGGUACGCGUCAGCAAACGCCCUAAGCGCCUGUACUACCACCCGGCGAGCCCGACCCUCCUGCACGGGGUUAGCAAUGCCGACACGGUUCAGCAUCUUGAUGUGCCGAACGUGCUUGGCCUGACGUCCCAGUUCAAAGGCUUGGUGACGAUCUGGGAGCAGUGCGUCGACGACCUCAAGGCCUACAGCCGGGCGUCGAGAAAAGCCGACGGCGAGGUCACAGCGGAGGUCUACGAGGCGAUGCCGCCGGAGCUGCGGGGCGGCGAUCACCCCGAGUUCGACGCCUGGAUGAGUGUUUGGGAAUCGAACGUUGACGCUGAGGGCUGGCCCGUCGUGCCGGCUUCGGCCUUGGCGAGCCUGAAGGGCUUCGAGCCGCGGGGGACACUGACCAAGUCGCAGUGUACGCGGAUGCUUGCAACCGCCGACGCCGUCGGCCUUGGUGUAGAGCCCGACGCUCGUAUCACGGGCAAGAGCUACGGGUGGGACGAGCGGCUGACGCUCUUCUUCUUGGACGACCAGACGCCUUGCGACGUGCCGAAUUAUCUGGCGGCGUCCGUGCUGCUGCGGCUUGGCGCCACGGUGGCCCAAGCGGACGGCGGCAUCGACAGUAGUGAGCUUAAGUUCAUCACCGAACACCUCGAAGGGCAGUUCGAUCUAUCGGACGGAGACGCUAAGCGGCUGGAACGGCUUCAGUACCUGUUGCUCCACUCGCAAUCGGGAGAGAGCGCCGUCACCAAAACGCUUUCGGAGCGCUUGACCCACCAGCAACGUCGUGUGGUUGGCGAGUUCCUGGUCGGUGUGGCGGCGGCGGACGAAGUGGUGACCACCGAAGAGGUCAAGGCGUUAAGAAAGGCGUAUCGCUCGCUAGGUCUUGAGGAGAGCGAGCUGGAGGACCUACUGGCCGAACACGCCUCGGCGACG